AUGCAGCUCUCUUCCAGCGUGGCUGAACUCAGCUGUGACGAGACGAUGGACCCACCCGCUGAGGACUUCCAGCAGGUCCUGUCCAUUGACCAAAUCCGCUCCAUCCGUGCCAGCAACAACUACGUGGAGAGACCGGCUGCCUGCUUCCAGCAAGCCCGCUCCAACCCAUCCCUGGCCCAGCCGCCGCACAAGCAAGAGUGGUCCCAGGACCGCCUGGUGUCUUCCACCUUCCAGGACCUGCACCGCAGCCACAGCCAACAGCACCAGAUGCCACCUUUGCAGCAACACAUGAGCCAUUCCAGCACGGCCAGCUCCGUCUCCCAAAGCACCACUGCCUCCGACCAGCGCCUCCUGAGCAGCCUCACGCCCUCCCACUCCGGGCACUCCCUCAUCCGGACGCAGCCCCAGCCCGGCGAGCUGAAACCGGAGGAGUCGCCGCUGAAGGGGGCGGCGGAGAAGCCCACCCUCCACGCCGGGCACCUCUUCAUCUGCGAGGAGUGCGGGCGCUGCAAGUGUGCCCGCUGCACGGCCGCCCGCAGCCUCCCCUCCUGCUGGCUCUGCAACCAGCGCUGCCUCUGCUCCCCUGGGAGCCUCCUCGACUACGGGACUUGCCUCUGCUGCGUCAAGGGUCUCUUCUACCACUGCUCCACCGACGAUGAGGACACCUGCGCUGACGACCCCUGCUCCUGCGGGCCGGGGUCCUGCUGCGCCCGCUGGGCUGCCAUGAGCUUCCUCUCCCUCCUCAUGCCCUGCCUCUGCUGCUACUUUCCCACCCUGGGGUGCCUCAAACUUUGCCAGCGGGGUUACGACGGCCUGAAACGGCCCGGCUGCCGCUGCCAGAGCCACACCAACACGGUCUGCAGAAAGAUCUCCUCCUCCAGCGGCACGCCUUUCCCCAAGACGCUGGAUAAGCCGGUAUGA